CGAUUCCGAGCUGGCCCAAGAAGUUCGUAGCCUUUGUCAGGCCCGGGAUGGGAGGUUCCAGCCUCGCAGGACCGAGCCAGGCUCGAGACUGAGGAAGAAACCCUACCCGACCUGAUCGAAGCCUUUCCGCGGAGCCCCCCGAGGGAAGGCAGGAGGGAGGACGACGAGGCCGCGGGGGCUUCUCGCUGUGCGGCCCGGGGAGUCUGAACUGGCGGGGGGACAUCGGAAUAGUCUGAACCGGGAGCAGGUGGUGAUCAUGGAGACCGAUGUGCACGAGAAGAGAGGCCCCAUCAUUACUGCUUUCUUGCCCUUAGCUGUGUCUUCCCAGGAUUCUCCCCUUUCCCAAGAGCAGAGCGUGGAAGAGGGGGAAGUGGCAGCUCUGCGCCUCACAGCUAGAUCCCAGGCGUCAGUGACAUUCAAGGAUGUGGCCAUGGACUUUACCCCCGAGGAGUGGGGGAACCUGGAUCCUGCACAAAGGGAGGUGAUGCUGGAGAACUACAGGAACCUGGUGUCGUUCUGGCUUCCAGCUUCCAAACCUGAGAACUACAAUUUGGAGAACGGAAAAGAGCCACUGACACUUGAGAGAAAAGCCCCUAAAAGCAGCUCUUCAGACCUGGAGACCCAGCCUGAGGACAAAGAUUCAACUUCAGCACAAGAUGUUUCCAAAGAAGAAUCAUGCCAAGCUGCAGUAAUAGACAGACUGACAGGGAAUGGUGUCUACGACUCCAGCUUGGAAACAACUCUUGAAUGUGAAAAUUGGUUAGAGAAUCAGCAAGGAACUCAAGAGAGACACUUGAGAGAAAUGUUCACCCAUGUGAACUCACUCCCUGAAGAAGGAGCUCAUGAGAAUGACAUAUAUUGGAAAAACUUUAGUCAGAAGUCUGUUCUUCUCCCUCAAGACAGAGUUCCUAAAGGAUCCUAUGCCUUCCAUACACUUGAAAAAAGGUUGAAACCGAAAUCAAACUUAAUGAAAAAGCAAAGAACCUAUAAGGAGAAAAAACCUCAUAAAUGUAACGAUUGCGGUGAGCUCUUCACUUACCAUUCAGUGCUGAUUCGACACCAGAGAGUCCAUACUGGAGAGAAACCCUAUAGCUGCAAUGAAUGUGGGAAGUCUUUUAGCCACAGAGCUAAUUUAACUAAACAUCAGAGGACUCAUACUAGAAUUCUCUUUGAAUGCAGUGAAUGCAAAAAGGCCUUCACAGAAAGCUCAUCCCUUGCGAUACAUCAGAGAAUUCAUAUUGGGGAGAGACCAUAUGAAUGCAAUGAGUGCGGAAAAGGUUUUAAUCGAAGUACACAUCUUGUACAGCAUCAGUUAAUUCAUACUGGUGUGAAGCCGUAUGAAUGCAAUGAAUGUGAUAAAGCUUUCAUUCAUUCAUCUGCUCUUAUUAAACAUCAAAGAACUCAUACUGGAGAGAAACCCUACAAAUGUCAGGAAUGUGGGAAGGCCUUUAGCCAUUGCUCAUCCCUUACUAAACAUCAAAGAGUUCAUACUGGAGAAAAGCCAUAUGAAUGUAGCGAAUGUGGAAAAACCUUCAGUCAGAGCACACAUCUUGUUCAGCAUCAGAGAAUCCAUACUGGAGAGAAACCCUAUGAGUGUAAUGAAUGUGGGAAAACCUUCAGCCGGAGCUCAAAUUUUGCUAAACAUCAAAGAAUUCAUAUUGGAAAGAAACCAUACAAAUGUAAUGAAUGUGGGAAAGCCUUCAUUCACUCAUCAGCUCUCAUUCAACACCAGAGAACUCAUACUGGAGAGAAGCCUUACAGAUGUGACGAAUGUGGGAAAAGCUUUAAGUGCAGUUCAUCCCUCAUCAGACAUCAAAGAAUUCACACUGAAGAGCAGCUCUGAAAAAUUAGUGAAUGUGACGAGAUGUAAGUUGGUUUUAUCACUGUGUUAAAUACCCGAGCAUUUUGGUGGAAUGCCCAUAAAAUGCUGCUGCAAGACCAAUGUGUACGCAUCUGAUUUUACUUGCAUAAUACAUAGUUUUGAGCCAUAAACAAUGUUCCUUCUAUCCAUUGAUUUAAUCAGUAUGAAAGCUUCUAGCCAAGGAUCUCAAAUUUUGAUCCUCACCCCCCAAACCCCCCACCACUAUCAAAUACCCUUUCAUGGAAACUCAAGAAAUCCUUGUGAGUGGAUAGUAAUAUAAUCAUUGUGAGAUCUGGAUCCUCCCUCUCUUUGUCAUAUUGAAGCCCUUGUAUAGCUUCUCAUUCUGAAAGGAAAUUCUUAAUUUGUUAACUUAGGCAGAGGACCCAUUCUUUAUCAUCAGGACGACACAGAGUGGUUCCUCUUUGGAUCCAGAGUAGAUCUCCAGAUAUACAGGUAGUGUCAUUUCGCCAGAGAGGGUCAUGUCUUUUACAUUAGCUCUAAAACUUAAAAGUCAAGAGUUGAAAUAUGCUUCAGAUCCUCUCCUUCCCCCCAAAGGCUACUGUCUCAUUGGAUGCACAUAAAUAGAAUGUCUUCGUGGCAGGUUCUAAGUCACAUUCACUUAACAUUAUGGUGGUCAUCAGUUUAGAGAAUUGUCAUCCCUCUGCUGUGUAGAUCUUUUUCUACUUCCUUGGAAUAACCCUGAAGGUGAGAAUGGGUCAACAUCUAAACUGUAGUCUUCAGUCAAAUGCCUCUUUUCUCAUCCUUGGCACUGAAGGAAUCCUUGUUGGUGUUUUUGUUGGUGUUGUUUACAACCACACGGAGAUUUCAUUUCUUUACCUUAUUCUGCUUUCUGUAAACUAUGCUUGGUCACAUUGAGAUAAAGCCCCUGGGGUGUUGAGGGUCUGAAAAGUUGAUGAGUUCAAUGUGUUACUAUAUUUAGGGUACCAGUCAAGAAGAAUAACCGAAGCAGCUGUGAGACACAAGGACACACCUUCCUGUCAGAUAUGGAAAAUAGUUCAGAGGACAGUGACUCACUGGAGGAUAAGCAGCUUACCUCCAUGAAGAAAAGGUUGCCAUUUCUCUGGCUCUUAAGUCUAUCCACAACUUUUGUUGUUAUUACUGUUCUCCCUAAAUGUGUGUUGGUCUUUGCCAUAUCCCAGAGCCCUAAAGAAGGUAGAAAAGGCAGGAAACCACAGUGAUGACUUGACAUAAGUUACAUGGGUGACCAGAAACCAGCGGUGGGAUUGGGAAAGCAAAAGUUCAAAUAAAUAUUUAGCCAAAUGCUAUGCAAAUGUCAGUUUUUAUUGUUACUCUGUUGUAUGAAAAGAUUAUAGAAAAGGUAGAAAGAAAGUAGUGACAGAUUUCUUCUCUCUUCUCCAAACUUCUAUCCUUUUUGAACAUUUCAGAAACCAGUCCAUGCUCUUGUCUUCUCCACCCUAUCCUUGUUAUUUCUUACAAUCCCUUCUCUGUAAACCUUAGUUGUAUUAUUGAGGAAAAGUAGAGGAAUAGAGUUUAAAGAAGUGGUAGUGGAGAGCAAACAAGAUGGUUAAAGAUGAAGGAGGUAAAUCAGCUGCGAGGAAAAUCAAAACAAUAGGAUCUGGGGCUGAAAGGGCUGGAAAGAGGUUUUGGAAAGAACAAAGACACACUGAAAGGGUGGAGGCUAGUGAGAAGGCUCAAGGUCUGAGAGGUCAGAGGAGGAGGCUGACACAGGAACAAGGGAAAGGCUCUUAAUCCUUUUCACCACCUCAAUACUCCAUAUCCAUGGUCUACAGUAGGAACGGGUAGGCUAUGGCCUGGACCCAUGGACCAAGUCCAGUCCUCUGCCUGUUUCUCCAAACACAAGGCUUAGUUGGCUCUUGACCACACGCAUUCUUGGUGCUACAAUGUUAGCACCAAGUGCCCAACACUUGAGUGAAAAUAAAGUCCUCAUUUGGGGGCCAAAUGUGACUGACAAAAUUAAGAACAUGUGGGCUUUUCAAAGCUGAGUUUGAAUUCUGCCACGUCCAUUUAGCAUUUAUGUGACCCUACUGCCUCUGAGUCUCAGUGUCUUUACCAGCAAAAUGGAAAUAAGUCAUCCUUCUCUCAUAAGUUAUGAGGAUUGGAUAAGAAUGCAUGUAAGAGACCUGAUACAUGAUAAGUUAUGUAGAAAGCCUCUAUAUAUGUGUGUGUAUAUAUAUUUGUAGAUAUAUACAUAUAUGUGUGUGUAUAUGCAUAUUUUAAUGAAGUGUCCAUCCAUUUGGGCUGCCACAACAAAACAACUCACCACAGACUGAGUGGCUUAUAAACAAUAUUCUCACAGUCCUGGAGACUGGGAAGUCCAAGAUCAAGUCAUCAACCCAUUCAAUGUCCGGUGAGGGCCUCCUUCCUCGUUCAGGGACAACCAUCUUUUUCCUGGUGAAAGGGCAAGGGGCUCUCUGGGGCCUCUUUUAUAAGGGCACUAACCCUAUUCAUAAGAAUUCUGCCCUCAUGACCUACUCACCUCCCAAAGACACCCCCCCCCUAAUAUUGUCACUCGGGGGAUUAGAUUUCAAGAUAAAUUUGGGGAGAUAAAAACUCAGUCUAUACAAUAAGUGGCUAACUAUUGAUCAAGUAGAAAAUUACUUAACAAUGAAUGUAUCUUAAACCUCUUUUGUCUACCGGUCAAGAACUGUGACCAUCCUACUAUCUAGCUCCUCAUAGAGAAGGGGCUUCUCUUUCUGCUCUUGCCUCCAUCUGGUGCUGCUUCCUACAGAGCCUCCCUGAGACCUUGGGGAAUACAGUUUUUUCCCUUCCAAGUACCACUUAACCAGGAACUAUCUGAUCGUUCCAAAGACUCAAGUUUGUAAUCUAUUUACAUUUUCAAUAGCAUUAAGAGACUUGCUCUGAGUUGGUUUUACUGAGAAGUCUGACCCUUUACAUUUCAGUAUUUGUUCUCUUUAUGCUCGAUGUUUGAUCUGUGUGUUUGUACUCCAACGUGAUUCUUGGAAGUUUUAAUGUUCCACUUUUCCAAUGAUUUUGGUUACCUAUAAAACCAAAUUGACUGCUCUUAUUGGGCCACUGUUAAUAAAGGUGUUGUUUAUGUA